UCUCCUCUGUUUCAUAGCCAAAUGGGAAAAGUGAGAAAAAAACAUGGAUGAACUUCCCUGCUCCCUCAGUUCUUAACUGUCACAUAACCAACUCUCAAUGGAACUCUCCCUCUUCCCUUCCCACCAAAACAGCUUAACUCUUCUCCACAAGCCUCUCUUCUCAGUUCCCUUUUCAGGGAAGAGACUGCCAAAGAAGAGUUCAUUUCUGUUGCCAUGUCUCUGCACAUUGUCAUCUUCUGAUGAUACCUCGAAACCAGCAAUUCUGUCUUUGCAGGAUGAGGGAAGAAGGGCAUUGGUUGGUUCUCUCCUCACGGCUGCUGCUGCAAUGUAUGUCUGUGAUGUGGCUGAGGCAGUUAGCACGAGUCGAAGAGCUCUUAGAGGAGCUAAAAUUCCUGAGAGUGAAUUCACAACUCUUCCCAAUGGGCUGAAGUACUAUGAUUUGAAGGUCGGCAGUGGACUUAAGGCUGUUAAGGGAUCUCGGGUUGCAGUUCAUUAUGUUGCUAAAUGGAGAGGCAUCACAUUUAUGACUAGCAGACAAGGACUUGGUGUUGGAGGGGGGACACCUUAUGGAUUUGAUGUUGGCCAAUCUGAAAGGGGAAAUGUGCUUAAGGGAUUGGAUGUUGGUGUUGAAGGAAUGCGUGUAGGAGGCCAGCGGCUGCUGAUAGUUCCUCCUGAGCUAGCUUAUGGAAAAAAAGGAGUCCAGGAAAUCCCUCCAAAUGCAACAAUUGAGUUGGAUGUUGAGCUACUGGCUAUCAAACAAAGCCCAUUUGGGACUCCUGUGAAAGUUAUUGAAGGUUAAAGCACGUAAUCCUGCUGCUUGUAAUGUGGAUGAUUUAAGGCACAGAAGAUGACAAUUUGGGAAAGUAGAAGACUGCCUCUUGCUCCAUCUUUUACAGAGGAGCCAGAGGUUUUUCCUCUCUUGAACUUUGAAAAAUAGAUCUGUCCCCUUAACUGAUUUAGUAUCAUUGAUAUUAUAGCUUGUUUACAACUUUUAUACAUGUUACUUUGGUUAUUAUGUUCUCAAUUUUUAUUCUUGCAGAAGUUCUCUUUC